CAGGGGCGGACUGACCAUUUGGAAACUUGGGCACUGCCCAAGGGCCGGGGGUCAGUAGGGGGCUCCAUGAGAUGCCCCUGGUACCUUUUUCAUAGGCUUUUUUGAGUUUGACAAGGACACAGGGGCCCCAUGAUCCCCUAUUGCCCGGGGGCCCCAUGAGUUGUCAGUCCGCCCCUGAGUGAAAGUGAAAGAAAUGUCCAAAUUUUGGGUUUUCGCUAGAACAGGAAUAGAGGAGAAUUUCUGCAAUGGGGACACUUUUUCUGGUGACAACCAGGGAUUCCAUCACUUUGGAGGGAUUUCCUCUCACUUACUGUUUUGGCUAUGGGACAAGACGUGAUGGGAAAUCUCCCCAAUGGGACA